UUUUAACCAUUUUUUGCUUACUAACCUUUUGAUACGGUUGUGUGUAUUGUGUGAUGUUGUUUAACCACGACAUUUAACAACAACAAAAAUCAUAAUAAUAAUAAUGGCAACAAUCUCACCGAAUAAUAACAAUAACAAUAAUGAUGAUAAUAAUAAUAAUAAUAAUCAAAGAAAAUUGGAACGUUCAUCAACAAUAUUAAGUUCAAAAGAAAUUACCUGUGGUAUUGGUGGUUUUCAACCACAAUGCUUACAAUCAUAUGCAUCGGCAAAUAUAUUUGUUAUAAAUUUUUCAAUAUUAGCCAUUUUACAGGGUGCUGUUUUUACCUAUAUGAUUGGUAUUAUAUCAACAUUAGAAAAACGUUAUGCAUUUGAAACAAAAGUUAGCGGUUUUUUACUCAUUGCUGAUAAUCUGAGUGAAAUGAUUCUCAGUCCUAUAAUUGGUUAUUUAGGUUCAAAAUAUAAUCGAUCUAGAUUAAUUGCAUUUGGUGAAAUGGUUGUUGUAAUAUCAUGUUUUCUAAGUGCAAUGCCAUAUUUUAUUUAUGGUACAGCAACACAUCUUGGAUCACAUGGUUACACAAAUAGUAGUUCUUCAUCAUCAUCAUCGAUUAAUUAUGAUUUAUGUUCGAUAAUAGAAGAUUCAUCAUCAUCAUCUUGUCAAUUGGAUGCAAAUGGUAAUGAUAAUGGUGGUGGUGGAAGAUCAACAGUUAUAGCAGCAGUUGUUAUAUUAUGGAUCGCUUGUUUAUUGAAUGGUCUUGGUUAUACAGCAUUCUAUACAAUUGGUUUACCAUAUGUUGAUGAUAAUAUUAAAAAGAAAAAUUCACCAAUUUAUCUAAGUACAAUUUCAACAAUACGUUUGUUAGGACCAACAUUAGGAUUUACAUUAUCAUCAAUUUCAUUAAGAUUUUAUGAAAAUCCUUUAUUGCCACCUUCAUUCGACAAUCAUGAUCCUAGAUGGAUAGGAGCUUGGUGGAUAGGUUUUAUGGUAUUAGGAACAUUGAUUUUCAUAUUCACAAUACCAAUGUUUUUCUUUCCAAAAUCAUUCAUUAAAUCGGCUGAAUUUGAAACAAAAUUGGAUAAAAAUGAUUCAACAUUUCAAGGUAAUUUCAUUCGGUUGAUUUCAAUUUCGCUUCAAUCUUUUGUAAUCUUGGUUUCGAAUUUUUUAGAUGUCCGAAAAAGAUUUAAACGUUUUUCAAAAAAUUCAUUACUUCUGUGUCAUAUUAUUGGUGGUGUUUUUCGAUUAGUCGGUUAUCUUGGUUAUUAUAUUGUUAAACCAAAAUAUAUUGAACUUCAAUAUAGACAAUCAGCAUCAAGUGCAUCAUUUUUUACCGGUAUAACAUCAGUAGCUACAAUGGCUAUCGGUACAAUGGUCGGUGGUGUAUUGAUUCGUUCGUUACGACCGAAUGCAAGAACCAUUGCUGUUUUUGUUGUAUUGGUUGAAUUUUUAAGUUCAGUAGCUAUAUUUGGUGGUAUGUUUCUUCAAUGUCCAACACCACAAUUUUUCGGUCUUGAACAAAUGAAUCCAACUAUCAAUCCAUUAUCGACAAAUAAUUUUCAAUGUAAUCAAAAUUGUGAUUGUUCGGUUGAAGUUUAUCAACCAGUUUGUCAUCAACAAUCAAAUAUGAAUUAUUUUUCACCAUGUUUUGCCGGCUGUAAAGAUGUUUCAAUGUCUGAUCAAGAAUCAUCUGGAAUAUUGACUUUUAAUAAUUGUUCUUGUGCAUCAUCAUCAUCAUCACCAUUGUUAUCGAACAUUGUAACAUCAGGUCUUUGUCAACAUGAUUGUAAUCGUUUUCCUAUGUAUAUUACAUUGAUUGCACUUUCAAAUACAAUUGCUUCGUUAUCAAGAACCGGUGAUACAUUGUUGACAUUAAGAGCUGUUGAUCCACAGGAUAAAAGUUUUGCAAUGGGUAUAAUGGGUACAAUAUUUGCUGUGUUUGCAUUCAUACCGUAUCCAUUAAUUUUCGGUGCACUUAUUGAUUCAACUUGUUUAAUAUGGGAAAAAUCUUGUGGUAAAACGGGUAAUUGUUGGCUAUAUGAUUUGGAUAAAUAUCGUGUAUCAAUGCAUAUGGGUGCAUUUACAUUUUUAAUGUUGGGUGUUUUAUUUGAAAUUGGUACAGCAUGUUAUGCUGGACGUAUUAAAAAUCUUUAUGAAGAUGAACAAGAUAAUGAAGAUUUGGCAAUUGAAAUGAAACCCAAAGAAUUUGAAGAUAACAAUAACGAUAAUAAUGAUCAAAUCAAAUUAGAAUAGAAAUUUUUUUGUUUUCAUUAAUAAAAAGCCAUAUUUGCCCAUAUUUUCAUUCUAAGAGGCGAACAUUGAUAUUAAAACUUGAGAAAUCUAAUCGUAAAAAAAACUAAUUUUUUUCACUUUUACA